AACCUGCAUCUUUCACAUCUAAGGAGCUCGUAUUUGACAACUGACUGCUUGGUCAGUUAGCGCGAUGUGCAACAGCUGAGGUUAAGCCUCACGAUGAGCCCACCUGUGCCCCGUUUACCACACAACCGUACGCCAUGUUCAUACUCAUAGAACUAUUACGCCUUUAAAAAGUGUUGUCACUGUACUGAUACGACAAACUUGAAUCACUAUUAUUUUGUGAAAUGCGUCCACGGGCCAAUGCAUCGUUGUUGAGCCCCAAUAUUAGGUUGGGCCGGAUACGAGCGCUCUUCUGUCAAUAGAGGUAACUUUCGAACUCAAAUAUGACCUCGGAAAAUUCUCGUCUUCGAUGCACUUGCCAAAACAGAAAGCAGCUGCGAUUUAACGACGACAAUGUGUCAACAGUUUCCUCAAGAGAACAGGAAAAGGUUGAGCAGUCUGUAGAUGAGGCAUAUGAAACAUUUAAAAGCCAUGCUGAGUUUGAACCAAGUUUACCUGAGCUUGACAGAAAACAACACUGUGCAUUUCUGUGGAAGGGGUUGGAGAAUUUGUCAGAGUCCUAUGAUUGUCUAGAUGCAAGUAGACCUUGGCUUUGUUUCUGGAUAUUGCACAGUCUGGAGAUCUUGGGGGAAGACAUACCAUGUGAAAUUGCUUCUCGCGUGGCAAAGUUUCUAGGACACUGCCAGUCCCCAGAUGGAGGAUUUGGAGGUGGCCCUGGUCAGGUACCUCACCUGGCACCCACCUAUGCUGCUGUCUGUGCCCUCUGUAUUCUCCAGACAGAAGAGGCAUUCAAGAUAAUUAACAGGAAAAAGCUACAAGAAUUUUUAUUCAAAAUGCGUUCUGAAGAUGGGGCAUUUAACAUGCAUGAGGGUGGAGAGGAAGAUAUCAGAGGUGCCUACUGCGCAGCCACAGUGGCCAGGCUAACUAAUGUGAUGACACCAGAACUGUUUGAUUGUACACCAGAGUGGAUUGUAAGUUGUCAGACUUAUGAAGGAGGAUUUGCUGGAUGUGCAGGAAUGGAGGCUCAUGGGGGAUACUCAUUCUGUGGUCUGGCUGCUCUAAUUCUGAUGGGAAAGGCUAAGCUGUGCAACAUCAAAGCUCUGUUGAGAUGGACAGCAAAUCGACAAAUGAAUUUUGAGGGCGGUUUCCAAGGGCGGACAAACAAGCUUGUUGAUGGUUGUUAUUCUUUCUGGCAGGGUGGAGCUUUCCCUCUGGUCCACAUGUGUUUAGCUCAGGAGGGAGAUAAAUGUCUGAGUGCAGAGCGUUGGAUGAGCCACCAGGAAGCGCUGCAGGAGUAUCUGUUAAUCUGUUGUCAGCACCCGUGGGGAGGAUUGAUUGACAAGCCAGGAAAACCGAGGGACUAUUACCACACCUGCUAUGCUCUCAGCGGAUUGUCAUUAGCUCAGCACUUUGCUGGGGGGAAAUUGGCCCACAAAUAUGUCAUAGGGAGCCCAGGAAAUGAAGUGAAAACUACCCACCCAGUCUUCAAUAUCGGGGUAGAUGCGGUACUUCAGGCAAACCAGUAUUUCAAAAACCUGCCAGUUCCUAGUCCGGAGAAUGCAGGAGACAGCUAACAGUUACCUAGGGUGCAGUGACAGGGAUGGUUUUCGCCACAUUACCCAUAUCAUGACAUGCCUCAUCAUUUCCUUGACUUGGUGUCUCUGUCUUACGCAGGCUUGGGAGAGUCUGGAGGGACAGGCAGUUGACCUAGUGGAUUUCGUUUAAUUUUUCUGUUACCUGUCAUAUUAACAUGCUUUUUAUAGCUUAUUUGAUGAGUAGCCGUAGUUCUGUUAUGGGCUGUCUUAGACACAACAUGUGAGAGUAUUGGUUAAAUCUUACAAUAAUUUUGAAUUCUAUGUGGUAACAAUAAACAGUAAUCUUUCUGCUGAAGCCUGGCCUGAUCACCUUGAUGCAGCAUUUUAUGAUUCUUCAGCUGUUACGGUAAACUUUGUCUUUGAGAGUAGUGGGAAGGAAAAUCAUAUUGUAAUGUUUGUUCCCAUUGUAAACAUCAUUUCUGCAGUUUUUUGAUCUUAAUUGAUAUCUUGCUUGUUGGAAACAUCGAAGAAAGCAAAUAUAUUGCUUUGUUGAUUAUUCAAACUACCUUGUGUUGACUGAAAAACACACCACUCAGCUUAUGUCUACCACUGCUUUACUAAAACAUUGAGGCCAUUACCUUAGUGUGCAAGGUGGUUGUGAGAUUUGGAAGUAUUUCUGAAAUAAGAUAAAGGAAAAGAUGUUUUAUGAACAUUACUUACUAUGUUAAGUCUCAGAUACCAGCAUUUUCUUUAUGUAAUCUCAAAAGAUUUUCAUGAAAAUUUACGCCUAAUAUCAGAAAUAUGAUAUAAUCAUCUUGAGACAGGUUUGUGUACUCAUCAGAAGUAUCCAUCAGAAAUAUCCAUCGGAACUAUCCAUCAGAACUAUCCAACACUUGUGGGAAACUUUCCAUGGGCAUUAUCAGGAUUCUUAUUGGAUGUUACCACACAUACCUUGUGAAUUUCUCUUCCAAAGAAUGUUUACUGAGCAGUUUUCAUGGUAUAAUUACUGAUGCAGCUGAAAAUUGCUUGUCAUGUUCUCCAAAGCUCAUUGUCUCUUUGCCUGUGUUUAUUAUCGUGUAACUUCCUGCCCACAAAGAGGAUUAUUUUGGUGUCCAUUGCAACAUUAAAUGCAUGGAUAAAUAAAUAUGCAGGGAGAUGUUGAAAAAAUUAUACAUCUUUGUUUUGUCUUGCAUCUUCACGAUUUAUAUCUUAAUGGAUUUUGUAGGAAUAGAGCUCAA